AUGUCAUUUAUUGGACAUCUGACAUCACAUCUCUCAUCUCCGUCUCUAGAAAAGCUCCCGAGGCCUGCGUCCAAGUGGACCAACACCCACUUUGGGUUUUCCCACCUUUGCACGCUAUGCGAUAUAGCUUCGUGGCUUGCCUAUACACUACUGUACAGCUCAUCGAAGCGGAACGAUCGUCGGUUGAUCACGGGCCAGAAUGUGACUUCCAAUGACGUUACGAUGAAGUGGACUCUAGCAGCCGUUGCUCUCCUAGGGUCGGCAUAUGCCGAUGCGAUCAUCGCCCCCCGUGAUGGCAGCUGCGAUUCAUCGUAUAAUGGCAAAUUCCAGGUCACUAUUGCCAAGGUCAACAAACGGGAUAUUCAGAAGCGCGAUUGCGAUAACGCUGACGCCUUGCUGCUGACACUUGACGGUGGAAUUCUCAAAGAUGCCAAGGGCCGUACCGGUUAUAUCGCUUCCAACUACCAGUUCCAGUUCGAUUCGCCGCCUCAGGCUGGUGCCAUAGUCUCCAGUGGCUUCGCUGCCUGCCAGGAUGGCUCAUUGGCCCUAGGAGGAAAGACCACCUGGUUCCAAUGCCAGUCCGGAAACUUCUUCAACCUGUACGACCGCAACUGGGCUCCGCAGUGUCAGGCGGUCGAGAUCCUGAUAAUGCCCUGCAGUGGUGGUGGCAGCUCUGGUGGAAGUGGUGGCAGCAGUGGAAGCGGCGGUAAUAACGAUGGCAGCGGCGGUAGCGGAGGCAGCGGAGGAGAAGUCACUGUUGGCACCAAGGUCGUCCAGACUACCGUUGUCACAGUCAUUUCCGAUGGCCAGCCGCAAGUCCACACUACUACCAUCGCCAUCCCUAUCUGCCAGAUUAACGACGGGCAGAUCCAAGGUCAUACAACUCCAUGUGGUGGUGGCGGUGGCCCCCCUGUCACUCAGAUUCAUGAUGGUCAACCCCAGGCUCCUCCGGUUACCCAGAUUCAUGAUGGCCAACCUCAAGCCCCUCCGGUUACCCAGAUCCAUGACGGUCAACCCCAGGCUCCCCCAGUCACUCAGAUUCAUGACGGUCAACCCCAGGCUCCUCCGGUCACUCAGAUCGGUGAUGGUCAACCCCAAGCCCCUCCAGUUACUCAUGCCCAGCCUCAGCCUCCUCCUGUCACUCAAAUCGGCGACGGGCAACCUCAGGCCCCAACACCACCUCCGGCCCAUACACCCCCUUCCCAGCCAGAGUCUCCCCCUGCCAAGCCAGAAUCUCCCCCAGUCACUCAAAUCGGCGACGGCCAGCCUCAGGCGCCCGUUGCCACUGGUACCGCUCCAACCCCUCCUCCUCCGGCUACUACCACUCGGGCUCCCAUCAGUGGUGGUUCCAGAGUUGUCCCUGGUAUCUCAGUCGCCCUUGCCGUCGCCCUGGUUGGUAUGGUGGCCUUGUAGGAGAACGAGUGUCACAAAGACAGCAAAUUUGAAUCUAGAAAGAAAAACUCUCCUUCAUCGGCUUUAAUUAUUUCUUUGCCAUGUUAAUAUGGUGCAUGGUUGAAGAUUGUGUUGCAUGGGCAUAAUCAAUGUCAGAGUCAUGGUCGCUCACGAGGAUGUAAUAUGAUAUGGAUUAUUGCGUAUAGUAUUUGUGCAAAUAAAAACAAUAUGGAGUUGGAAAAUAAAAUUUGGAAAUGAAUUUUGGCACUUGAAGUACACAGAUUGCCUGCAAUCACAAGCAUGUAGCGACUGAGAGAGUUGAGUUGAGUGGACUGUAAGU